UGUGGUUCUGUCUCUCAGCUUUCAAGUUUCAAUCCUCCUGUAGCUAAAACUCAGCUUCUCAGCUCUGAGAUGAGUACCACGAAGGCUUCCCUACCUAUGCUCAACACCACAGACAGCCCGCAGGAGGCAGAAAUGGGUAAAACGCUUCAAGGAAAAUGUCUCAGAAUCCUCUGCUCUGAGUCUCCUGCUAAGCUUUACUGCUGCUAUGGAGUGAUCAUGGUCCUCACUGUAGCUGUAGCUGCUCUUUUUGCUGCUUUGUCAGUAAAAAGGACAGAACAGAUCUCAAUCAAAAACAAUGCCUAUGCUGCUUGCCCGAGAAACUGGAUUGGAUUUGGAAAUAAAUGUUUUUAUUUUUCUGAAUACUCAAGUAACUGGACAUUCAGCCAGGACUUCUGCGUGGAACAAGAGGCCCAGCUAGCUCGAGUUGACAACCAGGAGGAGCUGAAUGUCCUAAGUAGAUACAAGGGGAUUUUUGACCACUGGAUUGGCCUGUACAGAGAGUCAUCAGAGCACCCUUGGAAGUGGACAGACAACACUGAGUAUAACAACUUGGUUCCUGUCCAGGGAGUGGAAGACUAUGCGUACCUGAACAGUCAAGGGUUCAAUAGUGCCAGGAUCUAUGUAAAUCGCAGAUGGAUUUGUAGCAAGCUCAACAGCUAUAGCCUCCACUGCCAAACUCCUUUUUUUCCUUCUUAACUUUUAACAAGAGAUGCUUCUUAGCCUGUUAUCUAUGGGUGCUACUCUUUACCCUAUGGUCACACAUUGCUAUCAAAACAAAUAAGAGUAUUUCCAACAUCACAAGUGAAAACCAUCUUGGAGAGCUGCACAUACAGGGGAUUACAAGAACAUAGAUGAGUCUAAAGUAGAUGUUGUCACUCAUACCUUAAGCCUAAAGUACAACUAAUGUUCUUGAACCCCACUUUUAUGAUAUGAAGUUUUUGUGCAGAGAAAUCUUUCCGUUGAAUCUAUGAGACCACAAAAAUGAGUCUCCCAACAUGCAUGUGACCUUUAACAAUGAAAGCAAAAUGGCUGGGAUAGUGACAUACAUCUAUAAUCCCAGCUACAUAAGGGUUGAAACAGGAGGGUCACAGGUUCAUGAGUGGGGACUGAAAGCGUGGAAACACCUUAACAAUGACAGGGAAGAUUUGAACCCAUCUGUAGCAUCCCAUCAUUUGGAGAACCAUAUUAUACAUGCUUUUCUGAACUCAAACCAACAGACAGAAGAAUUUAAAAAGUGUGUAAAAUUAAGAUUUACUUUAUACUAUGCAAUUUAGCACGUAAGGGACACUGGUGAUAUAUUUCUCUACUUUACUUUUCAACGUUCCUAUUUCCAAUUAUACUGUUCUAAGUAUAAUUAUAAUUACUUACUUAUCCUGUUCUAAGUAUAAUACAUUUUAUAAACAAAUGCCAUUUUAAUUUCACCAUUUUAUGGGAUUUAUUUCACAUCAAACGUGAAACUCCUUAAGCAUUUAAUACUUAAUUUUACACUAGCAUGUAUAUUAUUGAGUUUUCAAAAAAAAUAUUUAAAAUCUUAAAGAGUUAGCUACCCCAUACUGAUGAGUCCCAAAAAAGGACGAAAUAACAGGCUAAAAAGCAUCUCUUGAUCUCUUCAUCCUUUCUUUUCCCUCUUGUUUUUUUUAUUCAAUAUUAUAUUUAUUUAAAUUUCAGAUGUUAUCCCCUUUCCCCAUUCCCCCCUCAUUAACCCCCUA